UCCAUGGGAAUACUAAUGGAAGACAAUGUUGGUAGUGGGUCGAAAGAGGAUUCCUGCAUUACUGAUUUCGAAUGUGUAGAUGUUGAAAAAGAUGAAGCUUUUAGAAAGAAUCCGUUUAUGUGUGAACAUUCUGUUGAUCACUACUACUAUCUUCUCCCAAGGGCUAAAAGAAGCAGACUUUUCAGAAGAAAGAAACCUCCUACUGUUAUUCCGUCUCAAUCAACGUCACAGAAAAAGGGUCUGAAGAUUCGAAUCUCUCUUAAACGUAAAACAAUCGAAGCAGUUGAUGAAGACCUUUCCAUGGAGAAAAACAAGACUGGAACUCUGUUGGAUGAAAAACAGAGUAAAUUGGAAGAUAGAGAGAAAAAGAGAAGAAAGAUUAAGCCAAUAAUUGAUCCUCCAGUUUUGCCAGAUGAGUUGAAGGAGAAGAUUUCAGGAAUGGGUGUUCAAAUUUCUCAAGUGAAACUUGUAAUUCAGAAAGCUCUUUAUGAUACAGAUUUGAGUUAUCAGCAUAUGCGUCUGUCAAUCCCCCUCAACCAAGUGGUGAGUAAGGAUUUCUUGACACCACAACAGAAAAUGGUGUUGGAGACGAGAGAUAUUGUGUCUAACAAAAAGAACAAGAUUCAGUUCAACUUGAUUGAUCCUUCACUUGAACAAACAAAAAUUCAUUUGGCAAAAUGGGACAUGAACAAAAGCUCAAAUUAUGUGUUAUUGAAUGACUGGAUGGAAGUAGCAGAAAGGAACAAGCUCAAGUCUGGAAUGGUAGUGCAGUUGUGGUCAUUUCAUCAACAUUUAAUUCCAUGGUUGGCUCUUGUUUUGGUUCCACAAUAA